GACGUACUUAAGCAACAAAAUACAGCAUGUUGUUGAUCAAGACUUUGGAGUAUCUGUUUUAUCUCGCCUGCAUAAGUUUCUUCUGCAAAUAUAUUGAGGCAGCCAGCUUACAACCGACAGAAGCAACUACAAUGCAAAUGGAGUCACCACAAAAGAGUCCAGCUGCCACUUUGAAUGAGUGUGAAAGUUCAUCGUUUAGCUGGAUGUGCCUGAAGAUCGAGUUUGUUAAGAUAAUGGAACGUUUAGCCGAACAGCAGGAGUUGAAAGUGUUGCCAGGCGUGACUGUCGUCAAGGAUGAAAAUGCAACGGAGAUGAAGACUUCCGAUUUGAUGGCUGAGGUAGCUCGCAGCUAUCCCAGCGAUCCGAACACGCGCCUCAAUGGUUAUAUUCUGGCCAAGCUGGAGAAUAUAUUGAGGACACGCGUGCUGCGCUUUCGGCUGCUGGACGAGACGAGCCUGGAAGAGGGGCGCAAGCACAAGUUUGGCAAAAAGGGUGGCAUGGAGGCACUCGUUGCAGUGGGAGUCAUGAUGAAGGGCAUGUUGAUGGCUCUGGGCUUGGGCGCCAUUGCAAUGAUGGCCGGCAAGGCGCUAAUGACAGCGCUAAUGGCUUUAACUCUGAGCGGUGUGCUUGGCCUAAAGAGUUUGGCCGGUGGCGGCGGCAAGUCGACGACCUACGAGAUUGUCGCCAAGCCCGUUUAUACAUCCAGUCACUCGCAUUCCGUUAGCCACGAGGAUGGACAUGGACACAGCGGACACUAUGCAGCUGGCGGCGCUGGUGGAAGUGGCAGCGGUUACGGUUACGGCGGCUAUGCACGUUCCCUCAACUUGCAGCAGCCCAACCAACUGCAAAUGUUGUAA